AAGAAAUCAGAAAAGGUAUGAAUUUAAUUUGUUUUGCAAAGAAGAUGUCCUAACUUCUAGUUUUUAUAUACAAAAUGUCUUGAAGUAACUCUUUCCUGUUUUGUCAGUAUUUCGCGUUGAAUGCGAUUUUGAUUCUGGAUAGUGCGUACACCCGGCGUUGAAAUGUUACAGAAAAUGAGCAAAUAUCGAUUAAACUGGCCGUUUUAAACGGCUGGAAGUUAUUCUGUUGUAGAAUCCUUUUUAAAAAUAUAUUUUCAACCUUCGUUCCAAUUUAUUUGUACUAAAAAAGUAUUUAAACGCACUUUUUACAGAAAACAGACAUUAUGAUAUUGCGUACACUCUAAAAUAAUCCAGAUACUGCGUACACACACUUGUGUUUUUGAUACUGCGUACACAUAACUAUGCUAUUGGCGUGUGAUUUUGUUUGUUCUUCGUUAGACUUAGAAAAUGUUAUCAGUUUACGAUUGCUUUUAGAAGAAUCACUGUACGGGUACAUGUAUCUUUAAAUCACAAUGCAGUUAUUACUCGCUCAUUGAUAAAAUCAUCUUAAAAAGUUUUAUUUUUUGUUUCCUUUUUUAUUUCUUGAUUAUUUGUUUUUUAAUGUUUAAACUUUAUCUACAUUACUGGCUUUCUUAUUGUAGAUACAAAACGUAAUCAUGAGGCCGAGAAAGUCUAACUUAAGUCUAAACAGACAGAAACAAUACUCUGAAAGAUUGGAGAGGAAAAUACGUAGAAUAAAAAAGACUAAUUUCAACAUUAACUUUCAUCUGAUCAAUCAAUAUCAACACGACGGGAACUUGUUAUCACCUACAAAAAUGAACUACGAAAAACGAUCAAAACGAAGUCGAGUUCUACCACCAAGGGUUUGUCGUUUUGCCUCAACACCCAGUAAAUCACCAGCUUUGAAAAGAUACAGAGUAUCUGCGUCACCUUUUCAUAAACAACAGAAUGGCAUAACAGUAGAAGAAUCAGCACAUUGUAAACAAAUAUCAGCAUGUAAACUUAGAAGAUUGAAACCAGCCAAACUAUCGUUUCAGAGUUUACAGACAAAAGGUAAAUCUCAUAAAAACUUAAACAAACAAAACAACAAACAAAAACUAACGGACAUUAUGUUUGUAUUUUGUUAUAUAUGUCAUGUAAUUUUAAUGUAUCUAAUUAUUCCUAUACACAAUGUAGCUUUUAUGUAAUUUUGUAUAUUUGAACAUAUUUAACAUGUGAACUAUUAAAAGAAAAUCAUGUUCUAUUGCACUGUUUAAACAAUUUUACAUAACAUUAUUAUUGCAGAUGAAAUUAAGACGGACCAGACCUUGGAUGAUCUCGAUAACAUUCUGUGUUUAGAAGUUGCAGCACCGGAUGAAGGAAAUUCAAACACGACAGGUUGGUUAUUCAAAAUAUUUGUGUUUAUUACAUGGUAUUUGUGGAAACGGUACAGUAAGUGAAGUAAGACAUUAAGUAAGAUGUGGUUGAUUGUUUAAAUUAUAUUUUAUAGUAUAAUAUUUUACUAUUACAUGUUUUCCUGUGUGCAUGUAAUUUCAGGAAAUUCGUAUGAGACAGCAAGCAAUGAUAAACUGUUUGCAGCUACUAAAGUAAAUGAAAGGCAACCAGUCAAAUCAUCAGUCCAGACCUCCCAAGCAAAGAAAGGUGAAUUCCGUUUUAUAGCGAUUACAUCUUUCAUUUAUUCAUUGCCAAAUUUGUGUUAUUUAUUACAUACUUUGUUAAUAUCACUUGUAAUGCUUUAGAACUGUGAAUUUGUAGAAUCAUUCUCAUUAUCUAUUAUAAUGGGAACCAGCCUGUGGUAUAUUUUAACAACGGACGGGAGUUUAAAACGGUUUAGCGGGAAUCAUUAUAAGCUUAUGAUUAUACGAGAUACAUGCACUAUUGAAAUAUGAAUGAAGGCCUGGUCUUUUUACAACAGGGUGCUAGCUGCUUGUUGAGAUAAAGUUUACAUUCAAUUAGGACAUGCUUUUUUAUCUUCACUUUUCUGAAACUUUGAAAACUGCCAGCGUCGCACAAAGUCGCACAGCCAUGUUUGAAUACAUGUUUGAUCUGAAAUUUGGUUCCAGUGUAUACAUCAUGUACAUUGAAAAUUGACAAAAAAAAAUGUAUGCGCAAAAUAUAGACAAACAAACAAGCUGAACGCUUAAUGUUUAAUGGUAAUUUCAUAUCAAUUAUUUAGCGCCAUUCUGGAAAAAAUCGAGGUGAAAUAAUAUAAAAAAAUACGUGGAUAUACUUCUGUUGUGAAGUGUCUUUUUUAAAAAAAAUGUAUAUUUCAAUUGUGCUUCUCACUUGCCAAUUUAUUUUACAUAUUCACAUUAUAGUGCGAAUAAUAAAGCAAUUUCACAUUUUUUUUAUUCCACUAAUUAAACACUUUCACAAUUCAUAUCAAAUGACGUUUCUUCGUACGACGUUAUUUAUAAACUGACUGAUAUCUUAGCUUGCAGUUUCUAUCCUUUAUCUGAACGGGAAACAAAAAUAUGUUUCUCAUUCAGUUUCAAGCAGUUUGAUAUGACUUCUUUUUCACUUAUAUUUUUCAAGAAUUUUAGCCCGAAGAGUAUAGUAUAAUAUAAAAAAGUGAUCAUUACCUUAUUUUAUGUCGAUUUUUUAUUAUAGAUGACAAAUCAAGUGAUGUUGGAUCAGUGCUUGACAAUAAUCAUGAUCUUUCUGACGAUAUAAGAGAUACAGAUUUACAUGAUAUGAUGGAAUUAGCUCCUUAUGUCAUUGAGGUAUUGCGCAAAAAUGACUUGGACAACGUGUUUUUGAUGUUUUUCCGACAAGUACACAAUAAGCCUGACUCGGUUAAAAAUAUUGCAUUCCUUCUAUGGGCUGAGGUGGUUAGAUGGUUUCACCAGAAUACAAGUGUAACUAUGAGAUACAUGGACAAGACAAAGAUGUUUUGGAAAUUAGGAUGGCAACUCUUCGGUGGAAAAUUUCUACGAUUUAUGUCUGGUUACAAAAAUGAAUAUCAAUAUGUAUCUGGUGACAUUGAAAAGGGCAUAUAUAACCCUGCUGAUUCAGAAGUAAAUUUUGCGGUACCUGAUUCGAAAAUCUUACGGAAUUUCAAGCCAUAUGGAAGUAAUUUUACAUGCAAAGGGGUACGAAAACCCGGUAUUUUUGAAGAUGUUAUUGAGAAAAUAUCGCCAGCACUUUUGAGUACAUCUUGCUGUCUAACUUUCGAUGGUAAAAAGUUGAAACAAGGACUGACUGAAGCCUCCGGAGAUAUAGAUCUCCUUGGGUUUGAAGAAGGUCCAUCAUUAAAUGAUAGACUUAGUGAACUGAACUCUGAAUUGGAAAAACAACAAAAUGUUAUUGACAAGCUGAAAGAGUCUUCGGAAACCGUGCAGGAACGGAUGAACGUAAAUUUAAAAACGGAUCUAAAGCAGAAAUAUAAACUUAUCUCAACGUAUAUUCAAGAAAUUAAUGAAAUAAAGGAAAAAAAAGAGUAUGCACUAAAUAAGUUCAUGGAACGCGGCGGUAAAGAUUGGAGGCAAAGUAAAUUUACAUAUGUUAUAAGUGCAAUCCAAGCAUUCCUGUUUGACAUUCAAAAAUUUAUUUCCAAUGCAACUGAUAUGUUAGAAAUAAUAAGUAGAAAGCUAGUCGUUAUGCAAGGAUCGCAGGCUUUUUAUAUAACCAGACCGUCUGUUGAUCGCGAUGAUUUGAGAAACUGGAUAGAAAUUCCGGAAGCAUCUGGUGAAAUCGAAGACCCAAGAAAAAUAAAACAACAGAGCACCAAUUGGUUUAACAUUAGAAGAAAAGCUAAAAUAACUGGGAGUACAAUUUACAAAGCGAUUGGGUUAGAAGGUCUUAAGCAGCAAAAAGAACACUUUGAAAAAGUUAUUUGUGGUAUUGACGAACCUAUGCCAAACGAUUUCGUUAAAAAUGCUAUGGAACAUGGAUCUAACAAUGAGAAAAAUGCCGUCGCCACGCUGGUUGGUAAAUUCUUGCCUGUUUUUAUGCCAGAGUUUCAGUAUCAGGAGGAAGGAUGUGUAGUUAUUGAGGACACUGAAGGUAGUGUGUUCAUGGUAGUAUCUCCGGACGGAAGUCUUCGUAAGGCAACGGCCCUUCAAUCACACCAAAAGAAAGUUGAAGCCGCUAUUGAGAUAAAAUGCCCUGUCAGAAAAGUGCACACACGAAUUCCAGAUAGAUACUACCUUCAGUGCUUAUCAGAAAUGGAGGCUUUAGAAGUAGAAUACCUUAUCUUUGUUUCCUGGACUGAAAACACAUCAAACAUAUUCAAAAUAAAACGGGAUAGUCGAGUGUUGGCGAUGGCAUCUAAAUUGGCAUAUUCUUUGUAUGCGUGUGACAAACCUAAAAAACCGACAAAGUUGCCCGAAGAAUUGUCUGAAAUAAGAAAAGUGAUUAAGGCCAAAAUAAAAGAGGUAGAAUACCUAGGCCAGUUCAAAUCUCUUAAAAUAAACACAAAAACGAACGGAGAAGAUAACUAUUCAUCAGAAAAUGUGGAAAAUGAUACCAGUCAGUUGAAUAGUGUUAAUAUCUACAUAAGAAUUUCAGAUAUAACAAGACAAUGCUACCAACUAAAGCGACAAAAAGCGACAGAAGCUUUAGUAUUUCUAUGUUGCGAUCUUGACCGAACGUGUUCUCAAAAUCAAAUUAUGUGGUCUCCAGUUUGCUGGUGCCCGAAAGGAUACUGUUUAACAACAAAUACCGUACGCAACUUGAUGGAGGUGGUUCUUGACAAAUGUUGCAAGGUUGGCAUUCAUGUUCCAUGUUGUUCGUUUGACGGUCAGUGGCAUAAUAUUGCUGUCAGAAGUGUCAAAGGGAAACCAUUGACGAUAAUCCAAUUGCAAAAAGACGUUUGGAAAGAAACACAAUCUUUAAAGGCAGGUGAGAUACAAAAGAUAUUAAAGGAGGCUGAAAAUAUACCACAAUGGCGUUGGGAACACAGACUACGGAAACAAAAAGGCAGAUACGUGAAUACACAGAUAAUAAUUUGCACAAACGGGGGACUACGACUUCCAGAAACACCCAACAAAGGAUGGCCAACCAAAUCUUCCAAGAAAAAGGAACAACAAACCGAAGAGGAAGCAUUAUCAACAAUACCAAACUUGGCCGAGAUAGUAUCUGAAAACGUUAUUGAUAGUGCCAUUGGUUCAUCGAGAAGUACUUCAGUUCUUCAGUGCAAUUCCGAUUUAGAAGUAGCAGAGGAAAUUGCAACAUGUAACGUACACGAAGACAACUGGGCUGAAAUUUUACAAGACAUGCAAUCAGAGGAGACAAGUAAGGUAAAUAGUUGCGAAUUAAGAAGAGAUGCUGAAAUAGAUUUGACCGAGGUUUAUAAGGUUAUGGUAGAUGAGAGAAAUGAAACUGUUGAAGACUGUGUUAUGGAAACAGAAAUUAAUCGCAAAGAGACAAACCAAUUUAAUGCGAAAGAUUAUAAGGCAAUCAUUCAGCUCCUGAAAAGUGACAAAGAUGCAAACAAGACAGGAAAAUGGGACGAUAAAACAGAAUUUGAUGUGGAAAGAAUUUUGCAAAAUAGAACAUCGCUUGCAAGUGUCCGAGAUGUAGAUAUAAGAGUUAUAGUCCGCUAUCUUAAGAAAGUGAAAAACUUUAAACUGAAAGAGAGUGGCACAAAAGCUAACAAAAUAAAGGCAAUAUUUGAAGUCAUUGAUGUUCAAACUAUUGACUUGUGUCCAGUAUCCAAUAACUUACACACAAGUGAGAAAAGAAGUCUAAAACCUGUCCAAAGGCUGUCAACACUAGCAUUUAAAUCUUUGAAGAAUGUACCAAAAUCAGUGAUAAAUAUCGCAUGUGCAGAAUAUUUGUGGCCCGACAAACUAAAUAGUUGGCGCUCUCAUAGCCCUAUCAAACAAAAUAUGAAAAUCGAUGGAUUGGAUACGUCAUAUUCUUGGUUUUAUGUACCUGAGUUAGUAGACAGCAGAAAUCAACUUGAAGUUCGAUGUAUAGACUCUACACACCUAUUGACUAGGACUAGGCGAAAAACUUGUCACGGUGGAAUCGAAGGGCUUGAUAAUAAGCCGUGGUUAAAAGUUGCAAAACAGGGAAAAACACUCCUAACACCAGUUAUGGUUGAAGACAUCGUUGAUUCAAUGUCUAUGUCAAUGGCAGUUACGCAUUUCAGCAAACCGGUAAAAAAUGCGAUGCGAGAAAAUGGUGACUUUGAGGCUGCAUCAUUAUGUGAAUGUGUGAUGGAUUGGUGGCAUGCUGAAGAUGACCCAGGUUUGGAUGCAAUCGAAAGGUUAAAAUUGCGAAUGAAACUUCGAAGAAGACUUCUUAGAGAUGUUGACUUCGGGUCAUUCCCACCACCAGGUUGUUAUGUGAAAGGAUGGCCCUGUCAGCUUUGGGAAGCUUUAGUUGCAGGGAUAGACGCAAAAGCACAGUUAUAUGCUUUAACAAAGUCCGAAACAUAUAAUACGCGAGCAUUUAGUUCUAUGAUGGGUGAAACCUUCUUUGCUGAACUUACAAAUCAAGACAGAGGUUCGCAUGGCACAGUCACUGCUGAGGAUUUCGGUAGAUAUAUCUAUCGCACUAUUGAGCAAAUGCAAAUUAGACUAGAUCAAAAUAGGAGUUUUGUGUACAGAACAUCAGCAAAGACACCGUAUAGACUGGUAGACAGAUCUGAUUUUUUCUUCAAUUCAGUAGCCGAUACUUCUGUGAAUCAGCACCAAGAUAAUAAUGUGACUAUUUUGAAAACACCAUUUAUAACUGCGAUAUCUCCAAGAAACCAUUUCUUUGAUAGCGAAGAACGGAAGAGAUUAAAAGGGAAAAAAAGAGAAGCAACCGUUUCUAAAGAUAGGAACGCAGUGCAGAAGGGCAGUCUUGGUGUACGAUGGGAGAGAGCACGACGGAACGAAUCAAAAAUGUUAUUGUCUGACCGCAUGGGGAUAACCCACAAAGAACAAGGAAACCUCGUUUGAAAAUAUCCUAUAGAUUAAGAAAUAUAAAGGCAAUGUUUCAUAAAAACACCUUAAAGACUAUUGGUUUGUCGAAUCAUGAUAAUAAGUUUUCGAAUGAUAUGAUAACGAAAUGUAUAUUAAGUGUACAAUGAUAAACAGAUAUUCGAGUUGGAUCGCGAGAACUAUCUGCAUGGACAUAACCGAAGUUAUUUAUAGAAAUACAACGUAAUGGAAGACUAUUAUGAACAAGUAUUUUAUCAUGGUAAUGUACAUCUCCAUCUUCAAGUGUUCAUAACAUCAUUUAAAUAUGUUGAUUUAUUAAUUUUGUUUGUUUUACUUAUUUGUAUGAAUAAAAAUAUUUAACAACACAUUGUUAUUGCUUGGGUUCCGGCCCUUUAUUCAUAACAUAACAAAAGUAAAAUAUAAAAAGAAAAUAACAAUCUUACACUGUUCCAUUACAAUAAAAAAAACAAUUUGCAGAGAUAGCCGUAUAAGUAUAUAAAAGUAACAGCAUUCACAUUAAAAUAUUUAACUUGCUGAAAAUAUUAAAUAAAAACGAGCCG